AUGCAAGGGGCAUUGGGUAAGAGCUCUGAAGAAAUUUUGGACGGUUAUUCAUUAGGAAAUCCUUUUAUCCUGCUUAAGCUUGAAGUUUCUUCAUUAAACAAAAAAACCCGCAUUCUUCCCUCUUUGCCGUACAAGGAUUCCGUCGAAUUGAUGCAUCCUGACAUCGCAAACAUUGAAAGUGAUGCAACUAUUUUUGUUUUUGAUAUCAAAGACGUACAUUUACCGCUUUGUUACAAAUAG